UUCAAAUAGUUUAGUCCAUUGUGCAUCGUCCCGCCUUUUCUGAAAGUGUUUUCGGAAUCAAUGGAAGCGUUUCCAAGUCCGCUCGAGUCCACAGUUGCUUCGGCUCUUCUCCUCCUCGCCACCACCACCUCUCCUCCAGUUGAAAGCAAGAAUGUUUGUUCGGAGCAGAGCUUGGCGGUCAGCAACUCCAAAUCGCGUUCUAAUUCGUCUGUUACCAGCAGCGGUGAAGGUUCGUCUGCUAAGGCUCCGGCUCAUUGUCCACUUCGGAUCGCCACCGUCGUUGGUCGUUGCCACGAGAAGCUCAAGGUCGUGAGAAAAAGUCGUUCGAAGAACUUACUGAACUCCGACAAGAAAAAUUUCUCCUGCUUGAAGAGUGUGGAAUUUUCAUCAGCAUCUGAAUCGAAGUCGACGGAGGCUUCUUCGUGUCUGUCGAGUAGCUCCGGCGCUGUUUCCAGCCCUGGAAGCGGAGCUGGGAAGCAACCUUCGGCUCGAGGUUUGAAAAGGAAACCGCCAACCGGCUCGGCUAGGAUGGGCCGCCGAGCCGAUGCCAUCAUGAGGCUCUUGUCUGAGGGUUGUGCCUCUGAAGUGAGGAUUCGUCAGCUUCUUGGAGACAGCCCUGACACCAGCAAAGCCUUGAGAAUGUUGUUAAAGGAGGAGGAGAUUAAGAGGUCAGGGAAAGGCGGUCGUGGUGACCCCUAUAUUUACAUGAUAGCAUGA